AUGCAGGCGGGUUAUAACUCUCGCUUAUUAUAUGAGACGUGCAGGGCGGAGAGAAGAUUGGUGACCGGCAGCGAAAGAGGUACAAGAACCCUAGCGUUACAGCAGGCGGGACACGGGUGGAAGGUGGAGCGUUGGACUAGGCCUGGAAUAGGAACGGACUGGCUGUGGUGGUUUAUCGUAGCGGAGGUAGUAGUAAGGGUAGUAAUAAUAGCAGUGCCAGGAGGAGCAAUGACGGUGGAGAGGGAGGAGGAAGAGACGACGGCAGGGGACGAAUACAAGCCCACAGAGCACGGCGACGACGGUGGCGAUGAGGAUGAUGAGGAUGAUGAGGAUGAAGAGGGUUGA